AAGCGAUAACAAUGUAUAACUUAUCGCUGGUUAUAAGACAACGAUUACUUGUAAAUUAAUUUCCUUGCUAUACAGAGAAGCACUCUGGGCGAGAAAUCGUUAAAAUGGCUGACAUAAAAUCAUUUUUUCAUGAAUGGUGUGCAAAAAAAGUUGAACCGAAAUUUGAAGUCCGGCCUACCGGUCCAAAACAUCGCCAACGAUUCUUAUGUGAAGUGCGUGUUUCCGGGUAUCCUUAUGUGGCGGUAGGAAAUUCAACGAAUAAGAAAGAUGCAGAGCGCAAUGCCUCAAGAGAUUUUGUAAAUUUCUUGGUGCGGUCGAGUAAUUUAGCUUCUCAGGAUGUUCCUGCUGAGGCUGGUAUGGCAUCUUCUGCACCGAAUGAGUCUACUGUUAUUUUGGGCAGUGGUGCUUCAUUCGGCUCUGAAAGACGUUUUUUCGACGGUGGUACCGGCCCCCAGGAUCUGGGUCAAGCAUAUCGACCAAUGGAUCGCGGUAACGAGUACGGAAAUUUUAAUUUUAUAGAUCGAGCUCAAGAACAGAUGGAAAUGAAAGAGGCCGAGUCCAUUGAUGUUAACGCCGCCAUCCACGGGAAUUGGACGAUUGAGAACGCCAAAGCUAAAUUGCAUCAGUUUAUGCAAAUGAACAAAAUUACAGCUGAUUAUAAAUAUACUCCCGUGGGUCCUGAUCAUGCAAGGAGUUUCAUGGCUGAAAUGCAAAUUUUCGUACGUGACCUGAAGCGUACUAUUACGGCACGCGAAACUGGCUCUAAUAAACAAUCAGCCAGCAAAUCAUGUGCUCUUUCGCUUGUACGACAGCUGUAUCACUUGGGUGUUAUCGAAGCCUUUACUGGCACCCUUAAGCAGAAAAAGGACGAGCAAGAAUUGAAACCAUAUCCGGUUAAAAUAGCGCCUGAGUUAAAAGAAGCAUUAGAGCAAUGUAUUAAAGAAUUAAAUUUACCCAUGGUGGAGACUUCUAAUAUUAAAGUAGAGUCUGAAAAUGAGCUUUUUAGCUUGCAGAUUAAUCCAAAUAAAGAUAUCCAAAGACAGCGUAAUGAAAACCAACAACAAACUAUGACUUCAAUUAUCCCUUGGACACCGCCGCAACGCAAUUGGAACGCUUGGAAUGCUUGCAAUUUUGAUGAAGGUUAUUUGGCUACAGCAUCUUUAGAAGAUUUAUGCGCCGAUUUAGAAAAUGGCGCAAAGGAUAAACGGCUCAAUAAUUCUGAAUAUCAGCAAUUUUUAGAUUUUCGCGAGAAAUUACCAAUAGCCGCUAUGCGCAGAGCAAUUAUGGAGGCAGUUAAUGAAAAUCCUGUGGUUAUUAUUCGCGGUAACACUGGCUGUGGCAAAACUACGCAAAUCGCGCAAUACAUAUUAGAAGAUUAUAUACAGUCUGGUCAAGGGGCCUUUUGUGAUAUUUACGUUACUCAACCUAGACGUAUAUCAGCUAUUUCGGUAGCUGAACGUGUAGCCAAUGAACGUUGCGAGAAUCUUGGCGAAUCUGUCGGUUAUUCAGUACGCUUUGAAACUAUUUUGCCGCGUCCGUAUGGCGCUAUACUUUUUUGUACUGUGGGUGUUUUAUUGCGUAAAUUAGAGAUGGGCUUACGUGGUAUUUCUCAUAUUAUUGUCGACGAAAUCCACGAACGGGAUGUUAACAGUGAUUUCCUUUUGAUUAUUUUACGAGAUAUGAUUCACACUUAUACAGAUUUGCGGAUCAUUCUUAUGUCAGCAACCAUAGAUACGACAUUAUUUUCGCAAUAUUUCGGUCAAGCUCCUGUUCUUGAAGUACCGGGACGUGCAUUUCCAGUUCAGCAGUAUUUCUUGGAAGACUGUUUGGAAAUGACGAAAUUCGUCCCUACAUUGGAGUCUCGUAAAAAGAACAAAGAUCGAGAUGACGAAGAGAACGCAGUGAUUAAAGAGAACGGUGAGGAUGGCGGUGAACAGAAUUUGAACAAAGUUUGUGCCGAUCCGUAUUCGCAACAGACGAAGAAUGCCAUGGCCCUUCUUUCUGAAUCGGAAUGUUCUUUUGAAUUAAUUGAAGCCUUGUUAAUUCAUAUAAAAUCGAAGAAUAUACCUGGAGCUAUAUUGGUUUUCUUGCCCGGCUGGAAUCUAAUAUUUGCUUUAAUGAAAUAUUUACAAAACUCCCAGUUCGGUAGCCCACAAUAUAGAAUUUUGCCAUGCCAUUCGCAAAUUCCGAGAGAAGAUCAACGCAGAGUGUUUGAACCAGUUCCAAAUGGCGUUACUAAGAUUAUUCUUUCCACCAAUAUCGCUGAAACUUCGAUCACAAUAGAUGAUAUCGUAUUUGUUGUGGAUCUUUGUAAAGCUCGCAUGAAAAUGUUUACUUCUCAUAACAAUUUAACAAGUUAUGCUACAGUUUGGGCCAGUAAAACUAAUUUAGAGCAACGGAAAGGUCGGGCUGGUCGCGUUAGACCGGGUUUCUGUUUUACUCUUUGCUCAAAAGCGCGUUUCCAGGCUUUGGAAAAUCAUUUAACGCCGGAAAUGUUUCGUACGCCUUUGCAUGAAAUGGCUUUAACUAUUAAAUUAUUAAAACUCGGGUCUAUACAUCAGUUCUUGUCGAAAGCAUUAGAACCACCACCUCUGGAUGCCGUUAUUGAAGCCGAGGUAUUGCUGCGCGAUAUGCGUUGCCUGGAUGCUAACGAUGAACUCACACACCUGGGUCGAAUUUUAGCGCGUUUACCAAUUGAACCGAGACUUGGUAAAAUGAUGAUAUUGAGUACAGUUUUUGGUUGUGGUGAUGUUGUCGCUAGCAUGGCGGCGUAUUCUAGUACUUUCUCUGAAGUAUUUGCUUUAGAUUUGGGUCAGAGACGUUUGCAAAAUCAUCAAAAAGUUUUAAGCGGUACAAAAUGUUCGGAUCACGUGGCCAUGAUUAUCGCCACUCAAAUGUGGGAGAAUGCUCGUCGAAAAAGCGAAGAUGAAGAGAUACGGUUUUGUGAAUGGAAAGGAUUGCAAUUAUCUACUAUGCGCGUAAUGGCAGAGUCCAAAAAUCAAUUAAUAGAUCUUCUCCAACAGGCAGGUUUCCCGGAAGAUUCAAUGAUAACUGAGCGCAUAGAUGCUCAUUUGGAAAAUCAGCAUUUAGAUAUCGCUACAGCUUUGCUAUGUAUGGGCUUAUAUCCAAAUGUGUGCUAUCAUAAAGAAAAACGAAAAGUUCUAACUACGGAGGCGAAGGCUGCAUUAAUUCACAAAACCUCAGUAAAUUGCAGCAAUUUGACGGUUACAUUUCCAUAUCCGUUUUUUAUAUUUGGCGAAAAAAUACGUACUAGAGCGGUAUCUUGCAAACAAAUGACUAUGGUUACCCCAUUACAUUUGAUGCUCUUUGGUUGCCGUAAAAUUGAUUUGGUUAGGAAGAAUGUAAUACGUCUGGAUAAUUGGUUAAACUUUGAAAUUGAACCGCAGCUUGCUGCUAUGAUAGCUGCGUUGAAGAUUGCUAUCGAAGAUUUAGUAACAAUAGCUUGCACAGAGCCAUCCGAGGUAUUAAAGUUGGAGGAAAAGCAAGCGAAAUUAGUCAAAACUAUAAAGGAUUUGUGCAUAAGAAAUGCUGGCGAUUAUCAAAUUGAGCGUGAGAAAGGAGUUAUGCCUUUCCAAAGUUCCUCGAGCGGACCACCUUAUAAGCGGGGUCGGAUCGAAAAUGAUUUCGCCGGUGGUAGCAGUUUUGGUGGCUAUAGGAGCGGUAGUGGACGAUACGGAAGUGGUGCCUAUAGAGGAAGCGGCAGUGGUUAUGGAAGUGGUGGCUACGGUGAAGGUAAUCGCUUUGGCGCUCGCGGCGGAAAUUAUGGUCGUAGCAGCCAUUGGGGCGAUGGAGCCGGUCGCAGAUUUUAAAUUCGUAAUUCAAUAUAUUUCAUAUCCACCACCGGAAAAUGGUUAUAAUACUAUUUACCUAUUUCUUGUAACAUCCAGAAAUGCGUGUCGACUUGUGAUGGUUUUACGAAUUCGUCAUUGUCACACGCUUUUCAGUUGAUUUAAUUACUCACGUCUGUCCGCAAUGAAGGAUUCUUCAGGUUGCAACGCUUAAUUUAGAGAUGUAGCCUUAGCCUUGCUUGCUUGCGCUAAAUUUCCAUGGAUUACAUUUUCAAAUUAGCGAUGUAUCUCUGCUUAUGUCGACGAGUCAAAAAAACAGCAUCCAUUUAAUAAGGUGGUGGGUGGGUGUUCAGAAUCAGAUUUUUGGAGUAAAUAAAGUUUCCUUGGAUGUCAGAUACAAAAUGUUCUUAUGAAAUUGUUUUUAAAAUAAAUGCAGUGUAGCCAGUCAUUACUGCAUGCAAUAAUAUUCAAUAAAUAAUUAAUUCUUUAAA